AUGAAGCACCUUCCCGCCUUCAGCGCCACCCCAUCCCAACAUGCCCGUGCCGUACAUCUCGUCCAGUCCUACAUCUCGUCCACCACCCAGUCCACGGAUGCUCGCCCUCGCGCCCACGCGCUCUACGCCUUUCACCCGCCGCGCACCGCUGUGCACGGCACCGUCGUGCUCUUCCACGGCCUCGCUUCCACCCCCGAGAUCAUGCGCCCGACCAUGACCUACUUCCACAACGCGGGCUUCAACGUGUACACACCGCCCGGCGCGGGCCACGCCUUUGCCGCCCACCGUCUCCCGUACACCCUCCUGAAGCCGGAGAUCGGUGACAAGGCCAGAGAAGUCAUCUUGAGUGAUCAUGUCCUGGCCGACUAUUUCCAACGUAUUACCACCGCCGCGGCCAUGGAACCUCCACACGCCGAAGAGUACGCGCAAAUCAUUGCGAGAAUCAAAGCAAGACUCCGAGAUCAGCUGAGCUCCGCAGAUUUUGAAACCGUCAUCUGUGCUCUGUACGCACUAAGUGGUAAUACCUACAGACCCGGCCUGGAAUCGGAGAUAGCCCGCUAUUGCGAGUCUGACUAUUCGCGCUACGAAUCGCACCCCUUCGAACGAGUCGCCGAUGUCGCACCCCUUCCAGGUCCCAUCAGUGUUGUCGGCUAUUCGCUGGGUGCCGUGCAAGCCAUCAAUCUCGUGGCACGCGCAAAGUUCAUACACAAGCUCGUGUUGCUAGCUCCGUUUGUAGGCCUUCGCUCGCAGCCCACAGGCAUUGAUUUGGCAGCACUGGGUGCUCUGGAACUUUUUACUUUACCAUUUCCGAUUUCCACGAUCAGCGCCCGCCACUUCGCUGCAACUUCCGUGGCUGCAAGGAUGGUGCAUCGCGCAGAAAUCGUCGCCCCGAUCCGGAGAAAUGUUACCACGUUUUGCGCAACAGCCGAGUUGGAUGAGUAUUGUGACCCCAAGGGCGUGACCGAGUACUGCCAGAGAGAACUGGGAAAUGAGCAAACCAAAUUGUUUGUGUAUCCGAAACACACAGGAUUGGGGCACGGUAUCCAUCCGCACAGCGAGAACAAACUUGCGGUGCCGCUGCUGCAGGAAAUGUUGCGCUUUAUACAGAAUGGCGAAGUGCAGCUUAACAAGCUACUGUGUGUGACGGGCGAUGAAGAGUUGCCAGCAGUGGAUUCAAAAAGCUUGCAAAUCAUUUUGUGA